CCCACGUUGCAACAGGGUCGAAUAAGCCCUGUGGGCACGGAUGAGCAAUCACAGCAACAGCCGGGAGCGAGACGGCCCUCGCGCUCACCACGCAGCCAACGUAGCCGCAGCGCGGACAUUGACUGUCUCAAAAAGUACAUGGAGCGCAAGGUGGAGCACCGCCGGCACACCGAGGCCGGGGAGACCUCGCGCUGGAUCCCCUUCUCCCGGGGCUCCAUACAGGCGGGCCUGCCGACCAAGGACCCUCGGGCUCCCAACAACGCCAGGGCCGGCUCCAUCGCCGCCGACUCGACGCCCAAGCGCGCCACCGAAGUAGCCGGGAGCGUCAGCGCUGGGGAGAAGCCCUCGCCGCGUCGGUGGACGCUCGACCUGCACGAGAUCCCCGAGACGAAGGACAAGGUGCGCCCGUUGCCGGUCCUGGGGCGCUACCGAUCAACGGAGCACGCAAACGAGGACGACGUCGUUCGCACUCCGGGUAGGACGCGGCAGGCGCGUAGCCACAGCGCCGACGUGACGGGGAGCGUGCGACGGGACUCGUUGUCGCGGUACAACGAGCGCUACGUGAACUUUAGCGAGCGGGGCAGGUUGGGCAACUACCGGCUCAUGUCCGAUGCGGGCCCGAUCGUCUCGCGUUACGUGCCGUCGCCCCUGGCUCGGCGCAUCAGCGAGGGGGGCAACAAUCCCGAGCCGCUCGGGGCGAGGUGGGUGGGGUGCUCGCGUGGCCCCGUGCAGCGCAAUCCGUCCUACAGGCGGGCCUCCGAGCAGAACCAGUCGCUGCUGUCUACCUGCAGGCGCCAGGAGAGUAUAACCGAGGGGGAAGAGGAGCAGCAGAUCGUCGGGUGGCAGCCCAUCAGGAAGUUUGCACCCGUCGUCGACACCACCACUACGACCGUCGCAGCCGAGGACACCGGGGCUGUGCCGAAGCAGCCCAAGCCCAGUGCACCAGGUGACCACGAGCCAGACGUGAACCGCGUGAAACAACGGCUGCGCGAGCUUUACGACUUCAAAAUCGAGACCGAGUGGCCGCAACGGGUGCGCAAGCCGUCCCGCGACACCCCCUGGAUCAGCAAGAGCAGCAGCGAGGAGGACAAGCAGCCACCAGCUUCGUCCACGACGGGUACUCCUCUACCACCCCCGCCACCGUCGCCGCCCCAACCACCCGAGCCCGUGCGCCGCAACAGCCAAGACCUCGAGUUCAACGACCGCGAUGGCAAACCAAGCAUCGGCAGCAAGUACGAGCGCAGUGCCGAGACACCGGCUACUGUGUACCACAGGCGACUGCCCAAACUGCCCUCGGACAGGCGGGACUCUGGUGGCUGGAGCGACCACGUGUUCGAGCCCGUCAACGCCGAUGACCGCCGACUCCAGCGGAAACUCGUCCUCGACAGGUUGUGCUUCAGCGAGGAGGAGCAACAGCAGCAACCGGCCGUGGCUCAACGGGCCUGGCGCAAGUACAGCCUGAGCGUGUUGGCCGGGGGCGAGGCGAAGCGCAACUCGGACUUGAGCGUGAGGCCAUCACCGGCUAGAUUGCUGCCUCGAGUGCCCCGUCCAACCGAGGCCGUGGGUCACGCGAGGAUCGUUCGGUGUGACGAGGACGACCAGCACCGGUACCAUCAGCCGGUCGCCAAGAGGAGCAGCUUGGAGCACAGGAGUGCUGGCGGCGGGAGGCUCGAGGUGGGGCAUCACAGGCGCGCGAUGAGCCAGUACGAGCCGAGGCAGAGGCUGAUGGAGCCGAGACCGAGGGAGCAAGUCUACGGGGACUUUAGACCGGGUAAGGUUACAGGUGACAAUGGGCUUUCGUUAACAAACCGAGGCUAUACAUGCCACCUGGUGCACAAAAAUCGUAAUACAUAG